CUGGAGCCUAUCACAGCUGAGAGGUUGGACAGCAGCCUGUCGCAACGUUAUUUAUUCGAGUCUUCAUUUUUGAACUUUCACAAACAACGAUUCUUUCUACCGGGCUUCUUCGCGUUUCUUCACUGAAUUACGCGACAUUUGAUCUGUAAACAUUAAACGCUCUUAAAACGGACAUUGGCCCUUUUAUUCUGAAAGGUUUAGCGGAAGUGUUUGUGUUACCAUAACUGGGGUAGCGCGAACUGGACGAGCAAGUUUUGAGGACGAGUGAAAGUCCAGCCGAAACUCGUAAAUACGGAAAGAAUGGACGGCGCUUCAAUUGAUAGUUUAAUCCUGAAGCUCCACGACGUGAACGGAGUGAAGUUCGGGGAAUACAAGCUGAAGAGCGGCCUGAUGACACCCAUUUAUAUCGACCUGAGAGUGCUCGUGUCCCACCCCGUGCUCAUGAACCAGGUGGCAAAUCUCAUCUACAAGCGAGUGCAAGAAGAGGGUCUGCAGUUCGACUCUGUGUGUGGGGUUCCUUACACAGCCUUGCCUUUGGCCACAAUUAUCUGCUCACGACAUGAACUGCCCAUGCUCAUCAGGCGGAAGGAGGCCAAGGACUAUGGAACCAAACGGCUGGUGGAGGGGUCGUUCCGUCAGGGGGACACGUGCCUGAUCAUUGAGGACACAGUGACCAGCGGCACCAGCAUCCUGGAGACUGCUGAAGUGCUCUACAAAGAGGGACUGAAGGUGACGGAUGCGAUUGUACUAAUGGACAGAGAGCAAGGUGGCGUGGAGAUGUUGGCAUCAAAGGGAAUCAAGCUCCAUCCCAUCAUCUCCAUAUCUCAGCUGCUCCGUGUGCUGCAGGCAGCCGAACGCAUCGACGCCCAAACCGCCCAGAGUGUCCUCGAGUUCAUCCGGGACAACAACACUUUCAGGCCCAAAAAUGGCACAGACUCUCCAGCCAGCAAGAAGCUGUGUGUGGAACAGAAGCUGGAGCUCAGUUAUUCAGAAAGAGCCAAGUUACCAAAGACUGGUGGUGUUUUCAUUGAGCUCCACACACAUGCUGACUACACAUUAGCCUUCAUUCAGAAAAUGCAGGCCUUGGCAGAAAAGCACAACUUUCUUAUCUUUGAAGAUCGCAAGUUCGCUGACAUCGGGAACACGGUCAAGCAUCAGUAUGAGGGUGGUUUGUACCAGAUUUCAUCGUGGUCCCACAUAGUGAAUGCCCACGCAGUGCCGGGGCCGGGAGUGGUGAAAGGUCUGAGCGCUGUAGGGAAGCCUCUGGCCCGAGGCUGUUUGCUCAUAGCUCAGAUGAGCUCCCAGGGAUCACUGGCUGCUGGUGAAUACACGAAGGCUGUGGUGCAAAUGGCAGAGGAGCACUCGGACUUUGUGAUUGGGUUUAUCUGUGGCACUAAGCUCACUGAGAGGCCAGAGUUCAUCCACAUGACCCCCGGGGUGCAGAUGCAGGCUGGAGGAGAUUUGCUGGGCCAGCAGUACACCACUCCAGAGGAAGUUGUCUACAGCAAAGCCUCUGAUGUCAUCAUCGUGGGACGAGGCAUUUUGGCAGCCUCUGAUAGGGUGGAAGCUGCAGAGUUGUACAGGAAGUCGGGCUGGGAUGCUUACAGAAAGAGAGUGGGCCAGAGCAGCAUCUAAGUAACUCUCUGACUCGAGUUUCAGAGUGCACCUGUAACGAGGACCUGUGCCGUGAUCAGAGUGUUUUGAAGGCAGCGUGUAAUUAUGCACACGCUACCGUUUACUUCAGGUAUCACUGCCACACAUCAGUGUGCAACACUACAGUGUGCAUUUUACUGUUGAUCUGCUGCUUUAAAUGUUUUUGAUUCAUUCCUUUACAUUUUUUGCACAACUUGAACUGAUUUCUAAUCUCAAUGUUUUUUCUGAUCAGGUUUUAGUAGUUGGUUUUAAAUAAUGGAUUGAGGUAAUUCCUCCGGUCUGAUUACUGCAGCGACGAUUUCAAAAUGGAGAUUCACUUAAAAUAGUGCAGGAUGUCUCUUACAGCACGAAAAAGACCACAUCGUGUAGCUCUGUCUAUGUCACAGAACCACCACCUCUUGCAUGCUAGUGCUAAAACACUAGAUAAAAAUGCUAGAAUAUUUUGUGGGGGUGGUGUGACUGUGAGCUCUGUCUCCUGCGUUUGAAUCACCAGCCAGCAGGGGGCUCUGUUUGGGGUUUGUUCUGGGCUUCCAGGGGUUCUCUCCGACUUCCUCCCGCACUCCACAAACUUGGGAUACCCUCCAAUCCCUGCGUGACCCUGAAUUGGAUAGAUGGAGGAAGAAGAAUUGAAGAGGAUGGACACUGUGUAAUAUUUCAAGGCAUUUUUAAUUCACAGAAGUUCUUCAUUAGUCUUCACGUGUUCACAAACAGCGUAAAUCCCAUGAAGGAGCCUUUUAACUGCACCUGCGUGUACUGUUGGUG